AUGGAUGGUGCUACUGCUUACAUUUGUCCGAUAUGUCCAUUCAAUUGUGACAAUUUACCAGAUUUAGAACAUCAUAUUAAAGUUCAUGAGAAUGAUGAUAGCCCAGCAUUACCACAACAAGAAAUUGUUAAACAAAAAGUUCGAAAUCAAAAGCCAUUGUGUGUAAAAUCAAAUUCAACAAAAGAUACUCAAUCGGUCAAAAAUACAAUUCCACAUUUUCCUAUACCAUCAACAUUACCAUCAAUCAAAACAUAUGAACGACGUUAUUCAUGUAAAUCAUGCACAUUUUUAACGCAUAGUUCAAAGGCCUACUUUAAACAUCGUCAAGAACAACAUAAUGAAAUAUUAAUUAUUACUGAAUGUCCACACUGUGAUUAUGCUUCACAAUAUCCCGGCAAAGUGAAAAAACACUUACAUGAAGCGCAUCGUUUUGUUGAUAGUAAAAACGGUGGAUUAUCUGUUCCAUUUGUUUCAGUUUCAAAAACUGAAAAUGGUUCUGCUUCUAAACGUAAAAGUCGUACAUCAUUGCCAAUUACAACACCAUUUCUUUCGAAGAAUAAAAAUGAUAAUGCAAUUGCACAUGCUGUUAAAUUAUCACUACAUCAUCUCUCUCCAUCACCAUCAGUUUCUACUCGAAAAUCUGUUCCAUUAAACGGUGUAUUUAUUAAACAAAAGCAACUUGAUACGCCGGACUAUCGUUCAAAGUCAACAUCUGUAUGGAUAUCUGAUUGUCCUUAUUGUACAUUUACAUCACAUGAUCAACAAAUAUAUCGAGAGCAUGUCUUAAAUCAUUUAAGAGAUAAAAAUUUUCGUUGUUUAAUAUGUAAUCGUUUAUAUCGUCAUCGUGGCGAUUGUUCGUUUCAUUUACGUCAUAAACAUGCUGAAUACUCAGAUCGUAGUAACGGUGAUAAUUUACGUGAUUAUGUUGUCGAUUUUCAUCCACAAACAAUGACCUUUUCACAGAUAAAAGAUUUGUUGAAUCAAUCACCUCUUACAAGUUUAGAACAAAUACAAGCGACAAUAAUAGCAUCAACUCGAAUUCAACCACACGCGUCAAUGUAUAAAUGUGGUUAUUGUCAAUUUCAGUCACAAAAUUCUGGUGAUGUUAAAAAACAUCAAACAUGGAAACAUUGUCAAUUAGCAUCAAAUAUUCUACCAGUUUUCAAUACUCCCUCAACAGCUACUGAACAAUCAAUAACCAUGUCAUUGAAACGUAAACGGGAAAAUAGUGAAAAUAGUAACAAUGAUGUUAACAAUGAAAUAAUAAAAAGAAAGACCCAAAGUCCGUCAAAUCAACAACAAGAUCAAAUAUCAACAAUUAUGGAUAAUCCAUCAUUUAUACGAACAAAUGUCAAUGGAUCAGCUUCAUCAGCAAAAGAUUCAAAUCAUAAUGGUAAUGGUACUUCACAUAGUCCAAUUAAUUAUGAAUGUGAAAUGUGUCCAUUUCAUACAACAAAUCCUGAACGAUUUAAUGCUCAUUUAGUCGUACAUCGAACGGGUGCCCGUGUUUAUAAGUGUCUAUAUUGUGAUCGUCUUGGACAUUAUAAAUGGGUCAUUGAACGUCAUAUUAAGACAAAGCAUAAAUUUGAAAAAAUUGUACGAGCCAUUGAAAUCGAUGUUAAACCAUUACAGCAACAACAAAUUCCAUCAUCUUCGUCAGCGGCAGUCACUGAUCAACCAAUGAAAACGUUCCGAUGUUCGGCAUGUUCUCUACAAUCGUAUCACUCAUGGGUUGUUCUAAGACAUAUUCGACAUUUCCAUAAUUUAGAAUCAGCUCAUAUUAUCGAUAGUUUUAAUCAAACAGUGAAUGGUGUUGAAAAUUCAUCCUACGAUCAAAAUGGAAUACAACUUGAUAAUGCCGGUGAAAAUGAUUUGUCAGAUGAAGAUGACAAUGAAGAAAUGUUGAGAAAAUUAAUAAAAACAGCUGUUUCAACUCGAAAUCAUAAUCAAAAUCAUCAAUCACCACCAAAAUCAAUUAAUGAUCCAUUAUCAGCGUUAUUCGCCAAUACUUCUGGCGAUACAACACAUAAUUUGUCAACAUCAUUACAAACAUUAUUAGGUCAAUUGACAAAUGGUAGUAGUUGCAGUAUUAGUACAAGUGAACAAAGUAAUAAUAAAUCGAUCGUUAAACGUUACAAAUGUUCAUUGUGUGAUCAUGCAUCAGCAUGGUGUGGAAAUGUACGUAAACAUCUACGACGAAUGCAUCCUGGUGUGACUAAUGGACAAGUGAUCGACAUUUCACAAGAACAAGAUUCAUCAUCUUUGUCAUCAACAACAGCAUCAACAACAAAUGGACAUAGAAAACAAAAAAUUAAAGGUUUGUUAACAAAAAAGGCAAUAUCAACCGCUGAAAAACUUCAGAAUGGAAAUCGUUCAAACAAUGAUGACGAGGUUACUAAGGUUUGUGAUGAUUCAAUCUCGCCCUCACUCUCCUCAUCAAAAAAAUUGAAAGAUAUUGAUAACAAAACGAACGAUACUGAUGUUAAAACAACAACAGCAUCAUCUUCUAUCCAGCAACAACAACAACAACAACAGCAACAAAAUAAUCAACCACCUUGUUUAUAUUCUUGUUCAGGAUGUUCAUAUUCUACAUCAAAUUUUCAAUUUUUAACUCGUCAUGUUGAUUUACAUUUAUCCGAUGGUGGUUUUCAAUGUUCACAAUGUUUAUAUUUAUCAAAAUGGCGUGCAAGUGUUCGCAAACAUAUGAUUAGUACACAUGGAAGUUCAUUUGCUUCAUUAGCUAAUACUGUUGAACCGUUACAAGUUCACAAAUAUGAGCAUGCUAUGAUCUAUGUUCAAUCUUGGAUAUUAGAUGGUCAAACAAAAGAUCAAAACCAUUUUUAUUGUAUCUAUUGUCCAUAUGAAACACGGAGUCACGAAUACUUUCAUCAACAUGAAUUAAAUCAUCGAGAAAAUUCUUCAUCAACCAUGAUAUGUAAAUUUUGUUCAUAUAAUAUCGAUGAUAAUGAACAGUUCUUAGAACAUGAAUUAUUACAUACGAAUUAUACGCGAACAUUAUAUCAAAAUAGUAAUGAUCAUGAUAAUGAAAAUAUUACGUGA